AUGCAUGAUUUUCUUCAGAAUAUCUGUUUGGGAGUCUGGAUAUUUGUAUUGAUUAAAGGGGAUUUGCGAGCGUUUGCAGAAGAAACCUAUUCACUUUCUGAGAAGACACAAGUUAAGGAUGCUACACCAGAUCUUGCAUCUGAUGGCUUGCCAACAACAAGUCCUCCCCAGUUUCUGGACUUGAAGCAUCAUCUUGAUUUUAGGGACUCAGAGAAAAGAAGUGGCAGCUUGGGAUUUCGAAGGAAGAGAUCAAUUUUCUUUCCUACUGGAGUUAAAAUAUGUCCAGAUGACUCUAUUGAACAGGCUGCAGCCAACCAUCUGAAAUAUUUCAAACUCAGAGUGUGCCAGGAAGCUGUGUGGGAAGUCUUCAGAACAUUCUGGGAAAGACUUCCAGGGCGUGAAGAACAUCAAAACUGGCUGAAUCUAUGUGAGGAAGGAACUAUGAGUAUAUUUGAAAUGGGAACCAACUUUAGUCAGUCUGAAGAGCAUCAGAGUCUCAUUGUGAAGAAACUGUCCUAUGCUAAAGAAGUUAUGGGCGGUUCCUGCGCUGACUGGACCUGUGGUUUUGGAUUGUCAACGCCUUCUCCACUUGGUGUUGCUACGACUUUGAGAGAUGCAGCUGCCAAAGUUCCACCUCCUGAUGAGGUUUCAGUUGAGACUCCUUCAGAAAUGACUACUGACAAGACUGACUACACCGAAUUCAAUAAUGAAAUAAAGAAAGAUGAUGAGAAACUGGUGAAACCAGCCCAUGAACAGGUGGUUGAUUUCAGCAUUCUUCUUCCUGAAGAGACGUACAGCAUAGAACUCAGUGACCCCUUCACCCAAGAGUUCCAGCAGCUCUCACAGCAAUUUAUUUCUGAAAUUCAAAAUUCAUAUGAAGGACUUCCUGGAUACAAGAACAUCCAUGUAACUGAAUUCAGGUCUCCUGAGGAUGACAGUGGUGUGGAAGUUCUAUACUCUGUGUUUUUUGAUGGGGAAGCCAUCAGCAAUGCUACCUGGGACCUGAUUAACCUUCAAUCCAACAAAGUGGAAGACAACGCCUUUAUGGAAAUUGAGGAUAACCCAACUGUUGUUUACACUGUCAGUGACUUCAGACAUUAUAUUGCUGAAAUCCUUCAUAAGAACUCUUUACUGGAUAAUGCCUCACUGAUCUUGGAUCCUGACUCUCUCCAGCUCAUCAGUGUAAAGGAAGUAAUUUCUUCUGCGACUGAAGAACCAUCUCAAAUGACUUCAAAGGCCACUGGUGAGGAUCAUGUUGUGGUAUCUGAAUGGCCUUCUGCAGAUGAGUCAACUGUAAGCAACAUCUUGCCACUUGAUUUCACUAGACCAGAUUUUGUCUUUGAUAUUGAGACAUUUGACAGCAAUGAAAUUUGGUUAAGACCUGAUGGCUUUCCUAGCCCUGAAAGUAACCUCAGUUCAACACCAAAAGUGCUUGGAGAUACUAAGAAGCCAGAAGAUUUACCUUUGAGUCCUACUCCUUACCUUGUGCCAAAAGAAAUUCCUUCUACAAGUGAGUCUGUGAUUCCUCUCACUCCAAUACCAUCAGCCACAGAAUCCGAGGAAGUGAUUACAAGUUAUGAGGAGCCUUUUCAACCUGAUAUAUAUACGGAUGCAUAUGACACUAGUUCAGGGCAGGAGCCACAGUCAAGUGCAGGGCCUUGGGACAAAGCUACAUUGGAGCCAGAGGGAUCAGGUGUAUAUGAUUAUAAGGAUGUAUGGGUUUCCUAUGCAUCUGAGACUCUACCAAUGGAAGUCAUCUCUCUGUCACCUCUUGACUCCUCUAUAGAAAGUGUUCUUGCUACAUCUACUGAGAUGUUCAGCAUAGUACCACUGAAGGAUUCCACUGAGGAUUAUCAAAUCACAUCUGGAAUAAUAAGAAUCCAAACACUCAAAGUAACAGAGGAGUCAUCAACAGGCCAUCCACUUGAGGAUGUUACAGUAAGAGAGCCAGAGAUCACCUCUGUGUGGACCGGACUCAUGAAACCAGAAGUAACUUUAACAGUGACUCCUGUAGAACGUCCAGUGACAGAUAUUUUUACCGUGGAACAGCCUGAUGUAGAGUCAGUAUCUCAAGAAGCCUUAGAAACACAUGUCCUCAAAUCUACAGUUACUCCUCCUGCCACUCAUAAAGCCACAGAUGAAGUCACAAGUUUUGACAUUUUAACCAUACUUCCUGGUUCAGAGGAUUUCACUAGAGAAGUUAGCACUUAUAUUCCUCCCGCUACAGUGAGCUCAUCUAUUGAUGUCCUCUCUGACAUGCCUGUUGCACAGGCAACAGUAUUUCAGACAGCAAUCAUCCCAACCAAAUUAGAAGAAGGCUUGGUUACAAAAGAACAUGAAAUAACAGACCAUGACUAUUUCAGCACAACAUAUUAUUCCCCUGAAGUGAAAGAUGGAAGAAGGAUGACUGACAGUCACAUGGAGCUGUCUACAAGUGCCCAUUCCACAGAGAUGGCCAGUGUAGCUUGGGCUACUCAUGAAGAUCACAGUGCUACUGUCCCUGCACGAGCUUUAGUGGUAUUCUUUAGCCUUCGAGUUACCAAUAUGAUGUUUUCAGAAGACUUGUUUAAUAAAAAUUCCCCUGAAUAUAAAGCCCUGGAACAACGAUUCCUAGAACUGCUGGUCCCUUAUCUGCAGUCCAAUCUAACGGGCUUCCAGAAUCUGGAAAUCCUGAACUUCAGAAAUGGCAGUAUUGUGGUGAACAGCCGCAUGAAGUUUGUGAGACCGGUGCCUCGCAAUGUCACUAACGCUGUGUACAUGAUCCUGGAAGACUUUUGCAACACUGCCUACCAGACCAUGAACUUGGCCAUUGAUAAAUACUCCCUUGAUGUAGAAUCAGGAGAACAAGCUGAUCCUUGCAAGUUCCAGGCAUGCAAUGAGUUCUCUGAAUGCCUGGUGAACCAGUGGUCUGGGGAGGCCGAGUGUGUCUGUUAUCCAGGCUAUCUAAGCAUUGAUGGAUUGCCUUGUAUUAGCAUUUGUGAUCUCCAGCCUGACUUUUGUCAAAAUGAUGGGAAAUGUGACAUAAUCCCAGGGCAAGGGGCAAUAUGUAGAUGCCGUGUAGGUGAGAACUGGUGGUACAGAGGAGAGCACUGUGAAGAAUAUGUCUCGGAACCACUUGUUGUGGGUAUUGCAAUUGCUUCAGUAGCUGGCUUUCUUCUCGUAGCAUCUGCUGUCAUUUUCUUCCUGGCCAGGACCCUUCGAGAUCAGUACUCAAAGAGUGAAAUGGAGGACACGUUAGGGCAAGGGGACAGCCUCUCAUCCAUCGAAAAUGCAGUGAAAUACAAUCCAAUGUAUGAGAGUGAUGCUACAGGACACAACCAGUACUGUAAGAGAUAUCCACAGCUUACUUCUUACAGCUCAACGAGUAAUGAGACAUCCACUGAGUACAGCAGUGAGGAGAUCAGGCACAUUUAUGAAAACAGUGAGCUCACUAAAGAGGAAAUCCAAGACAGAAUACGGAUUCUAGAACUUUAUGCCAAAGACCGGCAGUUUGCAGAAUUUGUAAGACAGCAUCAAAUGAAGUUGCUUUAAAAACAGAUCCAGUUGAAAGUAUCCUUCAUGGGAGGUAAUGGACCAUGUUGCCAUGAGAAUGAGGUGCUGAUGUGGCUGCAAAGUUUCUUAUAGUCUUGUCAGUGGAGAGUAUGGAUCAUAACUGCUCAUGUGUGGAUUCUCUUGAUCAUUAAAUGGAUGGAUACAUACGAGGAAUGCUGCUUAUCAUUGGAUAAUUUUGAAUGCAGCUGUACAUUGUGGGAGAUGUCCGGCAUUUGCAAAGUCAUGAAAAUCAGCUUCAUUUGUGUGUAACGGGCAGAUUUGACUUCAAUGGGACAUUGACCAUUGGGCAACGGAAUUCUCUUGUCUUGUGAAUGCUGUUUUUUUUUCCUUUCUGUUUAGGCUUCUGGGGAGGUACUAUAAAUAAAAAAUAAGAACUUCUAUCUGGUCUUCUCUGCUUUGGAGAGCUACUUGUUUGGGGUUUUUAAAGUAUUAGUGGUAAGAUAAAUGUUGAGUUGCAUGUUACAGGCUUAUAGUUUUAUUACUGUUUCAUUCAAAUGAUAUUUACAUUUUAAAGAAAAGAUUUGGUCCAUAAAUAAACAAAUCUUAAAAUGGUAGUUAUCUAAGUGUUUAGCAUAUAAGGCCAAUUUAGCUUUUCUUGCCCAGGGUAAAAUUAGAAGAAUAUUUUAUUAACAGGUUUAAUGAGGAAUUUAAGACAAACAUGCCCUCCUUUUUAGAGUAGUUGCCACUGUUGGCUUUUGUACUUUUCAUCUCAUCACUUUGAGAAAUUGGAUCAAACCAUCCAUGUAGUCAUGUCUUUCCAUCAGAAGAAUUACCAGAAUGAUUAUGUACUACUUCUGAACAUAUGUCAGAGACAGACAUGCUCUGAAGGCAAGAAAGGCUAAAUAUCCCACAACUAUUUAACUUAUUUAUUUAUUUCUAAUGGGCAACAGUUUUACUUUGUCAAGAAUUUGAUUAAACAAAUCUGUCUUUUAAAAAAGUAUUUGAAUUCAUAAAUCAAUGCACUGAUUUGUUUUCUUCUAAUGUGUAGACUGUUUUAUGUGCAGUAAUGAAAGUUAGCUCUACAUUUACUUAUUCCACUUCAUUCACAUAAAGGGCAGAUGACAUUCUAAUUCCUAGAUUCUGGAACCACUGUGACACAUUCUCCCCCUUCUCUUUGUGGUUGUAUGAAUGUUCCUAGGCAUUAAUGCUUGCAAUGUAAUCACAAAAUUUUACUGUGUAUGUCCAGAUAGAGAACUGAGGAUAUACCAACAGGUGAAAGAUAUUUUUCAAGUGAAUUCACAUACAGAAUGGACUUAGCAUGCUAGUUUUUAAUUUCUUUAAUCUUCAGUAGUUGUGCAAGGAAGUUUUAGGGGGGGGGUAACCAUGUUGGUCAGCAAUAGAACAGCAGGA